AUCUGUUGCUUAUAUGGGGAUUCAACUUUCCAAAUACUCACUAAAUCCCUCUCUGGACACUGGCAUUAAACAAGCAUCUGUGUGUCACACCCUUCAGACAUGCCUUCAUUGGGAUUAGAGAUACUAGGAGUGACUCUGCCUCUCCUAGGAUGGAUCUCUGCCAUCGUUUCCUGUGUCUUGCCUAUGUGGAGAGUGUCCGCGUUUAUUGGGGUGAACAUCGUAACAGCGCAGACAACCUGGGAGGGCAUUUGGAUGAACUGUGUGGUGCAAAGUACCGGGCAGAUGCAGUGUAAGAUCCAUGAUUCCAUGUUGGCACUGAGUGGAGAUCUUCAGGCCGCACGUGCCCUAACUGUCAUCUCCAUUGUGUUGGGAAUUUUGGGACUCCUGAUGUCUGUGAUGGGGGCAAAGUGCACCAACUGUGUGGAUGAAGAGACAGCUAAAGCUCGGGUGAUGAUUGCCUCUGGAGGGGCUUUUAUUUUGGCCUCACUUACCCAGAUAAUACCAGUUUCCUGGUCUGCUCAUACUAUCAUCCACGAGUUCUACAGUCCAGUCAUACCAGAGGCCCAGAAGAGGGAGAUUGGCGCCGCUCUUUACCUGGGGUGGGCCGCUGCCGCUUUUCUUCUAUUAGGGGGUGGCAUCCUCUGCUCCAGCUGCCCUAAGAGGCCGGAGAAAAGGUACGGACCUCCAUCAAAGGUGAUGUACUCCCAGCCUAUAUCGAUGGCCCCGAGUGGAUUUGAUCGACGAGACUAUGUCUGAAGCAACAUCUGCUCCUUUCUCACAAGGCAACCAACCUUUGAAAUAGCAACAGAGACUCAGCCAAGUCAACCAAAAGAGAAAAUUACAUUUUUAAAACGUGAUCCUCUCCGCAUUUGUGCUGAGAAGUCAAAGUCCUGCAUCAAAGAGGCUUUUUUUUGUACUUUAAAUGUGGUAUUAUGAGAACUAAGACUAGGUAAAUUUGUGUUAUCAUAAGUUGCAGAUGGGCUUUACCCACCCCUCUAUACUUUAGAAUUAGUAAUAGACAGCAUUUUUUUUAUAUAAUAAUAACUUUUGCAGUAGCUUAGAAAUUUUGUAAAUGUUUGUUAUUUUGCAUUAGAAAAUGCAAAUUGUCUGUUUUUUAAGAGCUCAUUCCAAUUUUAAAUGUGUUCAACUUAAUAAAGUUGUUUUAGAAUAUAACCCGAAAUCUUUCUAAUGUUCUUAAAUUGAUAUACCUUUUGUAUUUGAUUUGCAUUUAAGAUAAAAGUCAAAGCAAAUUUCUUUAUUACUUUUAAGUGCUGUGUAAAACUCUUUCUAGGGCCAUACAUAUAUCCGGAUGUCCUCAAAAGUCAGAGAGGAAUUUAAGCCUCUCUGCUUGAUACUUUGAAAACUUGAAAUUGGUUCUAAAUAAUUGUAUGCAUUUUUUUUACUGUUUUAUUUAACAAAUUUCCGAUGUAUAAAAACUUUAACCAAACAUCUUUUACUUAAAUGUAUCAAAUAGUGUUUUUAAACCAUCCUGAUGAAUGGGGUAAUGCAAGUUGGAAAUGCUUGAACUAACAUAGGUUCCCAACAAGUAGCACAAUUAAAAGGAUACCAAAAAAACAUCUCCUCGGUAAUGUUAUUUUAUGUCUCAUGACUGAAAUUAUAUUUCCUUCCUGGAGUUGGAUAGUUAAAUGUCUUAUAUGAUUAAUUUCAAACUGUGAGAGGAUUUCUUUCUUAUACUUGGAGUUUUUAGUAUUUAUAGCUAUCUAGAUAUGAUGCUGGUAUUGUUUAGAAACUGCAUUAAUGGGACGUGUUAAAAUAGGACAUUUGAUCAUAAUGUGACUUGAAUCCAGAAUACUGUGGUUAGAUUUUACAUAUUUCUAAUGACAGAAAUGUAACCUAUCCUGUUCCACUAAUUUUUUAAAACAAAUAAAAAAUAAGGACAUGUUACAGUUAAAAGCAAAGCAACCUUUGCACAUCUAGUGUUUGCAAAGACAAACAGUGCUGAAUGUUUCUACCGUUUUUACCAUUACAAACAUGAAAUAUGAGGAAUCAAAUCAAAAAUAAAAGGGGAACAAUAGCUUUUUUUAAUAAAUAAAGGUAAGAGUUUCAAUGAGUAAUUGUAGCAUAGAAAAAAGGGAAGUUUUAUUUAGAUGUCCCUGUUUUAAAAAGGUCCAAAGCCCAGACCGAAAGUCAAACAUGUCCGUGUUUCUGGUCAAAGCACAUUUUUAUCCAUCUGUUGACUUUGUGAUAACUGCUGUGUUUUCAGUUCCUCCAAAGUCCUCAGCAGCCUCUGAAACAAUGCAGCCAUUUUUUUCAAUUUCAUUGAGUAGAGGGAGGUUGGGGUUGGCUGAUCCAAGUUAUGUGGUGGGAAGCAUUUCUCUGGAGACUGUCCAGAGUCCAAAGAAAUUCAAUGCCAUUCUGGAGAGAGAUUGAUUGAUUAAGACUAGGACUGUUAUCAGGUAAAAGCAGGUUAAUUUUACCACUGACUUAAGAUGCAGAUGUUUGUUUCUGACUGUUCCUAACACUCAAAGGUCCGCUAAACUAAAAAAAGGUCACUUUUAAUCAAGGUUGCUUACAACAUUAAUUGGAUACCUUUAACUUAUUUACAGUUAUUUGUUGUUACAACAAGAAACUUGCAUCUAUGAUGUGAAAUAGUCUAAUUAAAAUAGAAGGAUUCUUGUCUUUCUUUGGUGAAAAAUAAAAAUAUUAAAAUAUG